AUGAAGUUCGGAAAGCAAAUUCUCAGUCAGCAAAUUUCAGGAUGGGGGUCCUACUACUUGGACUACAAGUUCCUGAAAAAGAUCAUCAAUUCGCUUGAGAAGGGCCGUCUUUCCGAUGCUGCUUUGUUUGCUACGAGCGUCCGGCCCUCCGAAGACACGACUAAGGAACCACUGUUGCCGAUCGACUCGCCAGGUUCCGACCUGCAAGUGCACAAAGCAGCCUUCUUUUUCCGCCUGGAGCGUGAGCUGGAGAAAAUCAACGAGUUCUAUUUACAGAAGGAGUCCGAACUUCGAGCACGCCUGUCCACGUUAGUGUCGAAGAAGCGACAUCUCAUCGCCUUAGCUACGUAUUCUACUGGAGGAGCGACCGCACGUCGUUUCACGCGCGAAACACCUUCUUUAGUGGUCUUGUUGGAAGGGUUCCGAUACUUUGAGAAGGACCUUGCCAAGCUUCAGCAAUUUAUCGAGAUCAAUGCGACAGGAUUUCGCAAGAUUUUGAAAAAGUGGGACAAGCGUUUCAAGUCGCAAACCAAGGAGCUAUACUUGGAGCGGCAAGUGGAAGUGCAGCCCUGCUUCAACCGCGAGUUUAUUGCAGAGAUGAGUGAUAUUGCCUCUGCCAGUAUCCUUCAGUUAGAGAGCCUCGCUGAUGGUCAUGAGUUGCCGGCAGCUAAGUACAGCAGCGAGAAAGCACUCUUGCGUGGAAGUCUUCCGUUCUCCGCAGCGAAUUUGCCGGAAGGUAUGCUACUUAUGGACGACGAUGAAAAUGUCGAGGAUUUCUUGUUCAAGUCUGAGCAGCCCAUGGAUUUCGAGGCACAACGGUCAUCGGAUGCGAAGACUGAUGCUGUGGCUGAGAUGGAGGAGCGCAUAUCUUCGGCCAUUCGCGAAGGUCGAAUCCAGGACGUUCGCACGAUUAUGGAAGAGGCCCAAAUGCAUGUCUCUCAGGACAUGGAGGAUGCCAUGGGUAAGAAGGCCGCCAAGGCGGAAGCGAUGGAUCCAAAUGGCCCUGUCAAUACGGCCCUCUCGCAUCAACUUUGGCGGGCGCUUAUUAGUGCUUCGGCUGAAUCUGUUCAGGCCGCUGUGGAUGCAGACCUACCUAACUACGAUUUCGUGGAUGAUAUCAAUGCACGCACAGCUCUGCAUCUAAGUGCUGUGGCCAAUCAACUUGCCCUGUGCAAGGCCUGUGUUGAGCAUGGCGUGGACCCACGCCGCCUCGAUGUAUAUGGUCGCGAGGCACUGGCCUAUGCUGCUAUGCAUGGCCAUACCGAGGUGGUGGCGUAUCUGCUUUCCCUUCCUCAGGCCGUCGCCGACAAGGGCGGCAUUGUGAACCGUCUUGACUUGGACGGCUUCUCGCCAUUGAUCCAUGCAAUUGUACGUGGACAUACGGACGUAGUACGUUUGUGCCUCAACUUUUUGCGCUCGAUGGAUGCAGAGCUGCCGGGGAAGAGCGAGUCGAGUGAUCUCUCGCCACUGGCUAUUGCUGCGCAGCGCGGAUAUGUGGAAAUCACACGGUUGUUGUUGGAGUACGGUGCCAAAGUGGAGGCCAAUACAGAGGGCCUUAUGCCCCAAACAUUGGCAGCGCGGUCGGGGCACAAAGAGUGCUUGCAGCUACUCAUUGAUGCCAAUGUGGAUAUUAAUGCGACGGAAAAGGGCACGCUAUGCACACCACUCUUCUACGCUGCUGAGUACGGCCAUGCAGCUUGUGUGGAUAUGCUCUUGAAGGCUGGUGCUUCCAUUGAGCACGUGGAUGAGAAAGGACGUCAUGCAGUAUUCUAUGCGGCAUGGUAUGGUUGGCGGGAAUGCACGCUGAUGUUGCUAGAAGCACACAAGAAAGCGUCUUCCUCCUUGUUGCCGAAGUCCGCGCAUGAGCCCCCCGCGCCUGGCGGACCGAGUAUGGAAUCGGAUCUUGACAUGGAGAUUGAUGGUAUUCCCUCAUUGCAUUUGCCGCCGCCUAUUAUUCCAUUCCGGACAUAUGGCCACAACUACCUUGAUAAGCGCUUCCUUCUGUGCUUUACAUUGUCCAACACGUCCAUUGUACUGCAUCGUCCGUCAGCUGGAGAUCGUCCGGAUAUUUUCCCCGGUCUAUCUUCCUCGCUGAAGUUGGUGGUUACCCCUCGUGGUGGAGGCUCGAACGCCCAGGUCGCGAUUCCUCAUACAAUUGUGCUGCCCAUGGCCGAUGAGCGCGAGGAAAUCACGUUCCAAUUGUCUGAUUCGGACCAAUUCUAUUUGGAAUGUGAACUCUUCCCCACAUUUGGAUCUGCUCGUAUUGCCAAAGCUGUCUUACUCCCUGAAGUUCUCAGCCGUCUUCAACGCCGCACGGCGAUUCAGCUCCCUCUCCUAGACUGGCAACUGAGUGUCGUAGGCCACAUUCGGUUCUUCUUGGAAUGUGUGUGUCCAUACGGCAGUGUUCAGCUGCAAAUUGGUGGUCGUGUGGAGACGUACUGGAAGAGCACGUUGCCUGGUAACAACAACCCGCCGCUGGUGGUGCCCCCGCCAACGCAAACUGGCUUCGUAGGCCGCACUGAUGGGCAUGACUCGCAUGACACAUCUUCGUAUGUGACUGCCUCGUCGCUGUCUGGCAACUACUUGCGUGUGAAGGUGCAAUUCACACGCGACUUGGUCCCUGUGGUAUGCAUGUCAGCCACUCUCCCUGUACCUGUAUGGGGCCCUCGUGUUGCUCAAGUCACUGUGGCGGAAAUGCAAGACAUUGCUACCAAGACGUCGCACAACUGGGACUUGCCGGACGAUGUGACCUUCUACACGUUACAUGAUUGGGAAAAGAAGCUCAGCCAUUCCCUCGUAACGUUGGAGCAUCUCCUUGCAACGUUACCUCUUUCUAUUGGUGUGGCACUCGAGGUGGAGAUGGACACGGAUGUGAAGCAAUCCUUAAACGAUUGCAUUGACGCUACACUGCAUGCGGUCUAUGAAGCAGCUGGACGCGAAAAGCGUAGCCGUCGUAUCUUCUUCAGCAGUGCUGUACCCAGUGCCUGUGUCGCUCUUAACUGGAAGCAACCCAACUACGCUGUAUUUUUCAUCAACAAAGCUACGUUGGCAGCGGACUCAUCGGCACAUACCUUGCCGCCAGAGGCUGAUCCCCGACAAUCCAGCAUUGCGGAGGCCGUUCGCUUUGCGAAGGGCAACAAUCUGCUAGGUGUCAUGAUGGAUGCCUCCAUCCUAGAAUCAGUACCUGAGCUUGUGCCGGCUGUGAAGGCAGCUAGUCUCUUGCUCAUUACACUGAGCCGCCCUGAUCCUACCUCGGAACUGGCUCAAAUCUCGGCGCAAGGCUUGCUGGGGGCCCCUGCUAUCGGAAAUCAACAUGUUUUCGACGGAUUCCUCGAAAACAAUAUUAUUGAAUGCACAAUGUAA